UGAAGUAGUGUCAUAGUAAGGUGGUGGUUUCAGAAAUAUGUUUUAUAAAGUGGAAUUUAAACAUUUACUACCAUAGUGAACUAAAUAGAGUAAUCUUUUUAAAUUAAAGUGUAAAUAAAAAGUCUUGUUUCGUAUAUGUUGUUAUUUUUCUAAGAACAUUAUUUUAUAAGAGACAUUUCUAAUGAAAUUAUCGAUGAAAAUUUGUAUGUAUAUUAAAAAAUUCGGCGCGCGUUGAUCUGUUGCUUCAGUUAUGAUCAUAUGUGUUUAUUAUUUCAAAUGAAUAGGUGGUUAAAAUAUAUUUAUCUACCAAGGACAUGAUUAUACUAAAUUCCAGUCUCGCAAGAUAUUUGACAAUUUCUUCAGGCUUCGGAUUAUGCUCUUUAUGUGGCAAUGAAUACUUGACCACGCCAUGGAACAUCAAGAUGGAUGGGCCGGCGAGAAGACCACAGCUGAUAAUAGCACCGAGCGAUCGCAAGCUGAACGCGAUCGUGUGCGAGUCGAGUUCUAUGCGACAUACGACGUCAUGACCGGCGUGCGAAUAGCCGCUACCCUGGGCGGCUUCUUCGCGCUAAUGGUUUUCCUCAUCGUUUAUAAGAGCCGAAGUAAAUCGGUGAAAGCCUUGAACGAUCCAAAGUUAGUUGAAUUAGCCGAAGCCGUGGUCGCAGAGGAGCAGGCCGUGGAGGAAGAACGACAGUUGACAGCGGCGAUAGAGGAGGCGCUUUCGGAGCGCGCUCGUUCACGGCCAUCUCUCGGAGGCGAGCCUCAGUGGCCGCGAACAGCGAGAUUCGCGUCGUACGGCGGCGGCUAUGGUAGUCUGCUAGCGCCCCCGCGGAGACUUUCCACUUUACGCGGCGAUUCACUCCCCGGAUCAGCGUUGAGGUUUCACGAGAGACGGUCGUCUGGAUCUCGUGACAGACGCUUGAGUUCCGCGACUUGUUCUAGUUCCGGGAGUUCUUAUUUGGAGAGACGCGGUUCAUCGGUGGUGUGCGCUCUGCCGGAGAGACGUCUGUCGCCGUGUCCGAGCGAGCGGUUGGCUCCUCUGGCGUCCGCGGGCAGCGUGGGACCUUCAUUUGCGAUGGAGUGCGACCUGGUGUCCGUCGGUGCGGAUUCGGUGUUCGCGGAGGACGAUGACUCCACGAGCGAUGAGGUGGAACAGUUCUCUACGGACAGCGGUGGAACCGAUCCCGUAGCUUCCGAAUGCACGGAACUGGCCAGCAGACCGGCGCUACCUCUGCGCAUGGACCGCGCCUCUCACUCUCGUGAAACGUUAUUCUAGUCAGUGGCGCUUGUCGCUCUGUUAAGUGUUAUAGAAACAUUAAAAUGUCGACUUUUUUGUUAGACGACAUGUCCUGUAGUAUACCCGUCAUAUCAGAACGUCUACGAUCGUAUAAGUGUUCGUUGCAUUUAAUCGCGGUACUCUUAUUAUUAUUCAUGUUUUACGAUGGCUUAAUGUCUUGAAUCCAGUGGAAAUUUUGCAUUUUUAUUUUUAUUAUGUUAUUGAUGGGAAGUCCUGCGUCAUGCUGUUACGUUACACAGGAAGGUCGAUAUUUUAAUGUUAUUUGUAUUGUGUAAAUAGUUUGUUUUGUUAAUACAGUCAUGUAACGCAAUGUUGAUGUUCUCAAGUCAUGAAAACAUGUAAAAUGUGAUCUGGGCUGUUAGUUUAUAGCUCGUUGGAAACUGAAUGCUUUACAGCUAUUGCUUGAGGAUGAAUUUAUAGUUUAUGCUGUAAAAUUUGUAUUCAGUUUCUACAAAGAAACUGUCUCGCUUAUCUGUCCCCCUCAUCAGGAUUAUAUAUAUACAAAAUGACAUACAAAUAUAUAUAUAUAUGUAUAUAUAUUGUUUUGCGUUGUUUCGCAUUUUUUUUUCUCCGGCGAUACGAAAUUGUCACGUCUUUAUCGCUCCAACUAUUAUUGGUUUAUAUUACCAAUGCAUAAAUUACACACGCUUCAUUCAGGAAUCUGUGAUUUUUCGAUGUAUUUACACUGCUCGAGGGACUAACACUUUCUUCAUUUUUAGUUCAUAAUAAAAAUGUGCAUCUCAAAUAUAGGAAAGAUAUUCAAAUUUCAUUUCGUCAUCAUCGUUAAGAAUGCUGGUUUGUUAGUGCAUGAUCGAAAAAAAAAAAAACUUAAGAACGACGUCACCGUUUAGUGUUCUUUUUAAAAAUUAGGUAAUAUAAAGAACUGCCGAAUUAGUCUUUAAAAGGCGCAUUAUUUAUGUAUUUAUUAAUAAAACAGUAGGACCAGCGCACAUUUGUAUUUUUCAACCCUGUAUAAGUUGCUAGUUAGUUAUUGUUUAACGAAAACUCUUUUCCUCCACAGGCUGUACUAAAGAUAUGCAGGGAUUCAUUCGAAAGGAUUUUCUUAUGGAAAAUUUAAGCUAUUGACGCUAAACUGGAUACUUCAAAUAGACGGUACAGAAUAGGACGUUUCACUUUAUAUGUCACAGCUGCGAUAAAAAUGUAAAUUAGCAAGUUGUUAUACGGCUCCGAAUAUUUCUAAAGAUUUCCGUCGUCGCGUCGUACUCGACGAGCGCUGACAGCAGAAUCCGCUAGUCAUAUUCGUGGGAAGUUGUUUAUUUAAUGUUAAUUACUGAUCUGUUUCCAGUAGGGAUGUUAAGAGCGUCGAGUGUUGUGUUUAGUGAGGUUUAUUGGGCUUACGAUUGUUCUCUUACUUCGAUAUACAAUUGUAGCGAAGCUCUUUGAAGUUGUCGAAGAUUUUAUUUCAAAUUCGAUCUCGACCAGUCGCGAUGUGUGAUUUUUUUUUCCCCAAUCUAGUCAAAUGUGUAACUUUAACAUUUUUGUACCUCGAGCUCACGAGAGCCACAUUAGUGUUAGGGCUCGUUCCGUUAAGCAUAAACUCGUCCUGGGAUAUUCCUUAACUGUCGACAACCAAAGAUUGUUAUUGAGCAUAUUGAAGGAUUUAAUGUAACUGGUUUUUUGAAGCAUGUACGAACUUUUUCAUAGUGAUCGUAUAAAGUAGAUAGAACUAACUCGGUAGGGUAGUCGUCGAGUCAAUUUUAAAAUAUGUAUUUUUUACUAGUGUCUCAAAUAAACCACACAGAAAUAGGGCUCAUGUCCUUUCAAUAACGAAACUUAGAGGCGGCCUAAAAUAAUAUUGCUUAUAACUAUCGUAACCAAUACACGGAUAUCACUUUAAACAAACUGCCACUCUUAUUAUUUAAUGAUAAUGAUUGUAACGCACACGGGGUUUUAUUGAUUCAAGUGUGCUGUACCCGUCUACCGCGGGCCCAGUAGAUUAACUAACACAGAACGUUUUUAUUACGAAUUAGAUUUACGUGUUAGUUCAUGUAACUGUUCGUUGCUCGAAUAAAAAUGAGCUCCUAGUAGUCUGUAAUAUGUUGAAAUGUAUGUAAAAAAAAUUGUAAAUAUAAAACGCAACUCA